GCUUGGAAACCCGAUGAGCUCUGGGGUCGUGACAGAUUGGGGGCUUUCCUUAAGGCAGUCCUUUGUGGUGGCCUGGAGACGCCAGAGGGGCUGUGUGAGAGGGAAUGUGCCCUUACUCACUUGGGUUUCAGGGCCUGGGGCAGGACGGACCUUCUCGGGCGAUCUGCUCUCAGUCUUUGGAAUCUGAGCCUUCUGGGAGGCCUUUGCUCUAUGCUGGAAGCCGCGUUUGCCCGCAGGGAACAGUUGGAAUAUGCAGGGUUGGGCUUGACCCGGCGCAGAUCCCUAUUCAGGUCAAUGAGGUUCGAGAAGCAAGCGAUCUGAUCAUGGCUGCCGCAGCGAAGGCGCAUGUUUUGAAAGGUGGCAGCAUUAGCAGGAGGCCAGCAGCAGGAAUUGCAGAGAAGCAGAGAGGUCCUGAGGAGGCACCUCCAUCUGGGUCCAGGUCCUUGUUCUUCUUCUCCUCAGCUCCAUGUUCUUGGGCAAGUGACUUAUCCUCUGGAGCCUCUGUGUACAACAGAGCUAUGGGGCAUGGAGUGCUGGACCUACCAACACCCAGGGUGCAUAUGGAACUGGUGUGGCCAGUUGGCAAGGUUAUGAAAACUACAAUUAUUAUGGUGCCCAGAACACCAGCGUCACCACAGGAGCAACCUACAGCUACGGCCCAGCCUCAUGGGAGGCCACCAAGCUCCUUCCGCUUCCAGUCGUUUGAGUCCUAUGAUUCCAGGCCUUGCCUGCCCGAGCACAAUCCCUACCGCCCCAGCUACAGCUACGACUAUGACUUUGACCUGGGGCCCGACCGCAAUGGUGGCUUUGGUGGUCAGUACAGUGACUGCCGGGACCCAGCCCGUGAGCGGGGCUCCCUUGAUGACUUCAUGCGGGGCCGAGGCCAGGGCCGCUUCCAGGACCGGAGCAACCCCGGCACCUUUAUGCGCAGUGACCCCUUCAUGCCACCUGCAGCCUCUUCUGAGCCUCUUUCCGCUCCAUGGACGGAAAUGAACUAUGUGGGUGGGCGGGGCCUGGGAGGCCCCUCCACCAGCAGGCCUCCACCUUCCCUCUUCUCCCAGUCCAUGGCCCCUGACUUUGGCGUGAUGGGCAUGCAGGGGGCAGGUGGUUAUGACAGCUCUGUGCCCUACGGAUGUGGCCGGUCACAGACCCGGAUGAGAGAUCGGCCUAGGCGGAGAGAGUUUGAUCGCUGCGGCCCAGAUAGCUUGGGCAGGAAACGGAAGCAGUUGCAGAUUUACGAUGAGCCAGACACCAAACAAGCCCGGGCUGACAGUGAAGGAGAUUUUUCUGAAAAUGAUGAUGGAGCUGGUGACUUCCGGUCAGGAGAUGAAGAAUUCAGGGGUGAGGACGAAUUCUUCGACUCCGGGAGGCAGAGAGGAGAGAAGGACGAUGAGGAUGAUGAAGUGAAGAAGAGGAGGGAGAAGCAAAGGAGGAGAGACAGGAUGAGAGACCGAGCAGCUGACAGGAUUCAGUUUGCCUGUUCCGUGUGCAAGUUUCGUAGCUUCGAAGAUGAAGAAAUCCAGAAGCAUCUGCAAAGCAAAUUUCACAAAGAGACACUGCGGUUUAUAAGUACCAAAUUGCCUGACAAGACGGUGGAGUUCCUCCAGGAAUACAUUGUAAACAGGAAUAAGAAAAUUGAGAAGCGGCGUCAGGAAUUGAUGGAGAAGGAAAGCACAAAACCAAAACCAGAUCCUUUCAAAGGGAUUGGCCAGGAGCACUUCUUCAAGAAAAUAGAGGCUGCUCACUGCCUGGCUUGUGACAUGCUGAUCCCUGCGCAGCCCCAGCUCCUCCAGCGGCACCUGCACUCUGUUGACCACAAUCACAACCGCCGGUUGGCUGCUGAACAGUUCAAGAAAACAAGUCUCCAUGUGGCUAAGAGUGUUUUGAACAACAGACAUAUUGUGAAGAUGCUGGAAAAAUACCUCAAGGGUGAAGAUCCUUUCACCAGUGAAGCCGUUGAUCCAGAAAUAGAAGGAGAUGACAACUUAGGAGGUGAGGAUAAGGAAGAGACACCGGAGGAGGUAGCUGCCGAGGUCUUAGCUGAGGUGAUUACGGCAGCAGUGAGGGCAGUAGAUGGGGAAGGAGCACCUACUCCGGAAAGUAGUGAAAUGCUGGCGGAAGGGGAAGGCCCUACGGACACAGCUGAGACCACUAGUGGUUCCCACCCUGGAGAGCUGCUGGAAGCGGAGGCACCCUGUGGAAUGGCACCUGAGAAGGGCAACACUGAAGCGGAGGCUGGAGGUGAAGCUGCUGAGGCUGGAGGUGAAGUGGAAACCCUGGCAGCAGAGUCGGAAAGCACCUUGACAGUCACUGCUCCUGUCCAAGCUGCUGCAGAAGCCGAAGUGGAACAAACUGAUGCAGAGUCCAAAGAUGCUAUUCCCACAGAAUGAUCCUCCUUUCCCUGUUUCAGGGGAUGUGUUAUAUAAUGCAUUGUUCUUUCUUCUUUGGUUUAUAAGCAGUACUAGGGUAUAUGAUGCUGGAAUACUAUUUUGGUGAAGAGACCCAGCCAUUUCCUUCAGAAAAGUGUACCUCACAGGCUUAAGAGUUGCGUGGUUUUCUGCCUUGGUUUGAAGGCUGCAGAAGUUGUACAUUCCCACAAGCGGCUGUGACAUCUCUCUUUACACUGUAGUUGGAAUAAUAAAAGUUGGAUAAGUAGAUUUUGGUGACACUUUGCUUAAAUACAGCCAGUGGCUGAAUGCACCACCACAACCACCAACCCCACCCCACCCCACCCCUCCACCCCGUAUUAUUUUUUGGUCUGGGAGUAGUACAAUACUAGGAUAUAUCUUGCUUUAUAAAGGAUUUUUCUUUAAGUUUCAAGAAUUUGCUUUGGCUUCAGUUUUUGAUCUCUGCUUUUGUGGUACACUGUAUGGUAUGUGGUCCUCCUUCACAAGAUACAGCAGAAUCUUGUUAACGUGAUGUUGAUCCUGUCACAUCAGUGAACUCUCAAAGGCCUGAUGAAUCUGACACACCUGCACCAUUGGAAGCAUACCUACUUACCCCUCAAGAAUGGGAACACUUUGCCUAGGGCAUUGUUUCCCAACCUUUAGUCCUUGGUGAAUCACCUUUACAAUGUUUUACCUCAUUUGUGUUCCACCUCUGCAUUACUUCAGGGUUUUUUCGGUUUUGUUUUUCUUUAAAUUGAGUUACUUCUACUUAAAUAUAUUUAAAAAGAAAAUUUGAUGUCUCAUGAAUGGAAAACCAGUAUAAAUUGCCAUACAUAGAUACUAUCCGUGGAAAAUGAAUAAACAUUUUAUUUUAGAUAAAUACUGUUGCUUUGGAAGUUUCUGAAUCUGUAAGAAAGAAAAGCCAGCAUGUGUUAAAGGGUAGUAAGCAACAGUUAUACUUUCAUAUAAUCAAAAGAAUUGAAAGAUACCUCCCUUUUGAAAUGAUACCACUGGGUCUGUUUUCCUAUAAACCUUUGAACUGUCACAUUUGGGGAAGCAUUGGCCAGUGGGAAAUUGUUAGGAAAGAGGUAGCAGAAUACUUGAUGAGCAUCUGUUGUGUACCAGGUGCUAAUUCAUGAUAAAAAUUAGAUAUGGGCACUGCUCUCAAGGAGCAUUAUUGGAGAUGUGAGAUGAAUAUUUAUGAAAAAGUCAAUGUUAGAACUAAAAACAAAUAAACUGCUUAGU